ACCGUACCUAUGAGAAGAGAUGCGCAGUUAUGUUACAUUGUACAGUAGGCCUACAUAGACCAUGAAAGGGAAUACUGACACCUGCUGGUCAACUAUGCGUACUACCACACUUCAACUUUGAAACAAUGAUUUACAUUUUCUACUUUCUGACUUAAUGUCUUUCAUAUCAAAAUUACAUGUUGUUCAUAAUAAAUUGCAGAAUCCCCAAAGUCCCAAAUGUAAACAUGUGUAACUUAAUAUACACAUUGGGUCACUAUUUUUAGUUUUAGUCUACGGCAAAGACACCUGUCACUGUCACCCGCAUGGUCGCAUAUUAACAGCCAAAUGAGAUGAAUUGGUUAGAUAUUGAAAUCUGAUGGGUCACAGUUAUGUGUAAUGUCCAGAAGAACAAUGUUUCAUCUGACGCUGAAACAGUGAAAGAGUUGGAGAGGGUUUUGUACGGGGGUAAAAGGUUUGGCAAUCACGUGGACGAAGUUUGGCCGAACUUGUUCAUUGCGGACAUGUCAGCGGCCAACGACCGAUACGGUUUAUGGAAGCUGGGAAUCACGCAUGUCCUUAAUGUUGCUCACGGAAAGGCGUACUGUCAAGGUAGUAAUGAUUUCUAUGGAUCCUCUGUGGACUAUCAUGGGGUCCCGGCUGACGAUUCUCCCUCUUUUGACCUCUCACGCUACUUUUAUGCCUCUGCUGAGUACAUACAAAAUGCACUUGACACACCAGGAGCUAGGGUCUUUGUCCACUGUGCUGUUGGAGUGAGCCGUUCUGCGUCGCUAGUUCUAGCCUACCUAAUGAUCCAUCACCACUACUCCCUAAUGGACGCCAUUAUAAAGGUCAAAGAGCGACGGUGGAUCUUUCCGAAUAGAGGAUUUCUGAAACAGCUCUGUGCUUUGAAUAGGAAAUUACGCACAAAGGCUUGACCUGAAAACAUUAUCAAGGGUUAAAAUGACAUCCGUAAACAACAUGAGAAAGGAGUAUCUGUCUGUGAAGGACCUACAAAAAGUUUUGGAUUCAUGUAACCUACAGCUGAAUCAGAUAGAUGAGGUUUGGCCAAACGUAUACAUUGGAAAUGUGGCAAUAGCCCAAAACACGACAGCCUUGCGGAGAUUAGGGAUCACUCAUGUUUUAAAUGCUGCGCAUUCCAAGCGAGGCAGCAUAGGAAACCAAAGGUUUUAUGGCAACGACUUUGUGUAUUGUGGUAUUCCAGCAGAUGACUCUACUCACUUUGAUCUGAAUGUUUACUUCAAACCUGCUGCAGACUUCAUUCACAAAGCUUUAAAAACAUCAGAUGGGAAGGUACUGGUGCACUGCAUCAUGGGAAUGAGCCGCUCGUCCACCUUGGUGUUGGCAUACCUCAUGCUCUAUCACCACAUCCCCCUCCGUCAUGCCCUCCAGGAAGUGGUGAAGAAGAGGGCCGUUUACCCCAACAGGAACUUCCUGGCACUACUGCUGGAUCUGGAUCUUCAGCUGAGAGGGAAAAGGAAAGCCUGUGUGAUUCUUUAGAGGUGAACAAACUGCCACACCUUGAUCUGGAGUGAUGGAUUACCUCGUCGUCGUUCGUCGGGCAGCAAAUCCUUAGGAAUGUCCCGAGUUUGAAUCAAGGCUUUGGGAAGAGAUGGAGAAGAUAGAGGAUACCUCUUCAUCCUUGGAAAGAUGUGAUGUUCAACCUUAUAAUUGUCAGACUGUUUCACAGAUAACUGAAUGUUGAUGUUGAAGUACUGUACACACAGUAUGUCAAUAUACAUGGACCAAAAAUCUUUUCAAAAGGGACACUAAAAUGUUUCUUAUUCUCAAAGAUCACAUUUCCCUGGUCAAGAAUCUAUGCAAUUAACCACAAGGCCGAUAUGUUCACUGAAAAGAGAAUAGAUACUAAAAAUAACUGGUAAAAAUAACUAUAAUUUUUUUUACUACUUUUCCUUUAACUACCUGAAACAUAUGUUUACCUCUAACAUGAAUUCUAAAUGUUGUGUAAGAUGUUACAAUGUGUCUGAAAAUAGAAAUGACAUAAAA